CCAAGUCCACACAAAUUCUCCAUCACAAAAACCACAAGGCACAAAAAUAUCUGAAGCUGCAUUUUCUCCGCCACAAUCACUUUAGCCAUGUAGUACGUGAAAUUUACUGGUUGAAUCUACUUCUAUAAUGGGUUUCACCUCUCCCACGAACCCCAAGAUUUCACACUCAAGUUCCUACUGCAAUGGCGCUUCUUUAUCGCAACCGUCCUCCUCCUUUCUCCAUGUCCCUGGGACAAGCAUUCUCAGGAAGGGUCCGAUUUUCCGCUCAGCCGUUAAUAUGAAGGUGGAAUCCAGUGCGGAGGGCAGCAGAGGUACCGCCAUUCUGUGGUACAAACACGACCUUCGCAUCGAGGACCACCCCGGGCUCAUCGCCGCCUCUCAGCACAGCCGCGUUUUGCCUCUUUACGUGUUCGACCGCCGUAUACUCUCGCGAUUCUCGGAUGAAAUGCUAGAACUUCUCAUCCUUGCUUUGGAGGAUUUGAGGAAGUUACUAAAAGAGAAGGGGAUUGAUCUGAUGAUCAGGUUUGGGAGGGCAGAGAAUGUCAUUGGUGAAUUAGUCAAAGAGGUGGUCCAAGCCUGCAGCAUUUUUGUUGAAGAUGAGGUGGAGUAUGAGCUUCGUGCAAUGCUAGAUAUUAUUCGGGAGUCACUUUCGACUUUAUCUCUUGAGGAAGGGAUCCCUAAUAUUGUGACUUGGACCACCCCAUUUUAUGAUGUUAAGAGUUUGAAGGAUAUCCCGUCAUCGUUUAAUGACUUCAAGAAGCUAAACCUUCCUGUUACCUCCCCAGUUAUGCAACCAGAAUUGCCUGGGAUUGCUAAAAAUUUGUCCUGGGGUAUAAUUCCCUCCCUGGAUGAUGUAAACGAAUAUAUCGAUGAUAUUUCUGAUGGUGGCGACACAGAAAAAUGGACUGAAAUAAGCAAGUUUUCUGCUGAAACUCUGCUUCAGAGGAAAAAGCUAAGAGGAAAUCCUGACUUGAAGCCAUUAGAACUAGAAUCUGGUAGUAAGGCCUCCAAGAGAAAGAGAUCAGAAAAAUCAGUAUUUGUAACUAGCCAAGGGAGCUUUGUCGGAGGUGGAUCUAGUUCUGUGUUGAAUGGUCUAGCGGCAUAUCUACGAUACCUGGAAGGUACUGCUCGAGAUGAAUGGCAAGAGGUACAUGAAAAGCUACGUCUUGCUGAAAAAAGAGAAGGCGCUUCAUUUCAGGCCCUUUUCGGUUCUGCCCUUCUACUUGGCAUUAUUUCCAGAAGAAGAGUGUAUUUUGAAGCGGUUAAAUAUGAAAAAGAAAGAAAUGGUGGGUUCUUAUCCCCAUUUGGUUAUUCGACUGCUACAGUGGCUGCAACAAUAAAUACUGUGUCUUCCAUGGAGUGGUACUGGCUUCUGACAUUGAGAGGCCUAAUAAACGAGGCAGGAAAUUUCUCGAUUAGAAUAUGGCGAUGGAGGAAUUAUUUAAUCCAAUACACAGCAGCUGGUCAUGAAGGUCCGGCUGUUCUACUUGUACAUGGCUUUGGGGCAUUUCUGGAGCAUUUCCGAGAUAACAUAUAUCCCAUAGCCGAAGCUGGAAAUAGAGUUUGGGCAAUCUCACUACUUGGCUUCGGCAAAUCAGAAAAACCAAAUAUCAUAUACACUGAACUCGUAUGGGCUGAGCUGCUUCGGGACUUUAUAAUUGAGGUUGUUGGGGAGCCUGUCCAUCUGGUUGGGAACUCAAUUGGUGGGUAUUCUGUUUCUAUUGUCGCUGGUCUUUGGUCUUCUGUAGUCAAGUCUGUUGUCCUUAUGAACAGUGCUGGCAAAGUUAAUCCUGAAUAUUCUCCUUUGGGCUAUUCAGAAGAUAGGCAAAGUUCAGGUGCAGGGUGGUUGGGUUCUAGACUUCUUUUGUUGUACUUAAGGUUCAAUAUCAGGAAUAUACUGAAGAGAUUCUAUCCAAUAAAAACCAAAAGAGCAGAUGAUUGGCUCACGAACGAGAUGAUUAGAGCUUCCUAUGACCCUGGUGUGAUUUUUGUUCUGGAAAGCAUCUUUUGCUUUGAUCUUUCACUUCCUUUGAAUUACCUUUUGGAGGGAUUUGAAGAGAAGAUCCUUGUAAUACAGGGCAUGAAGGAUCCACUAUCCGACAACAAGUCGAUGUUGGCUAUGUUUAGAGAGCACUUCCGAGGUGUUACAAUAAAAGAAAUCGACGCCGGGCAUUGCCCACACGAUGAGCUGCCAAAUGAUGUGAACUCAAUCAUUAAGGAAUGGAUUGCCACUCUUGAAUCCCAAGGGUCUCCUGUUGCCUCAAAACAGUUGCACUUCCGAAGGCACCUUGCUAGCUCUAUCGUCUUCAACAAGCUUACCAAAGAACUUUCAAUCACAGCAAUGGCUUCAUCUCUCUUUCGCAACCGCCUGAAAUUUCUCAGCUCUCACCUUGGCGGAUCCCUCCAUCCGGCGGCCUCCUUCCUCUCUACGCAGCACAUAAGCCCGACCGUCCAGCUUCCGCCCCUCACAGCGACUCGACCAGCUGCCUACAGACGCUACUUUAGCCCGGGCGCUGCUCCUGAUACCGACAUCGAUGACGAAGACGGUGAGGAUCUCCCCUUCAUCGCUGGGCUCCUUGGCUAUGUUUCGUACCGUGGUGACCCCUUGGACCUCAACGGCUAUGGCGCCAAGUUCAAGCUUGAUCACGACGGACUCCACAUGAACGCCUUCCUUCCCGGAGUGAAAAGGGAAAAUGUGAAGGUGUCGAUCACCUGCGGGAAGCUGUGCAUUGAGGGCACGAAGAAGGAUUUUGAGGAGGAGAAAGAAGAAACCAAGAUGAAGUACGAGAGCCCCGAUGGCUGGAUACUGGAGGGUACCGACCAGAUGACAGCUAACUUGAAGGACGGGGUUUUGAAAGUUUUCAUUCCCAAUAUCAAGAUCAAGAGGGCAUCAAGCCGAAGGCACCUAGCUAGCUCUAUCGUCUUCAACAAGCUUCUAAUAGUACCUAAGAACCUUUCAAUCACAGCAAUGGCAGCAUCUCUUCUUCGCAACCGCUUGAAAUUUCUCAGCUCUCACCUUGGCGGAUCGCUCCAUCCGGCGGCCUUCUUCCUCUCUACGCAGCACAUAAGCCCGACCGUCCAGCUUCCGCCCCUCACAGCGACUCGACCAGCUGCCUACAGACGCUACUUUAGUCCGGGCGCCGCUCCUGAUAGCGACUCCGAUGACGAUCACGGUGCAAAUUUCCCCAUCAUCGCUCCGCUCGGCCACGUUUAUUGUGGUGGGUACCGCCUCGACUCCUUGGACCUCAACGGCUAUGGCGGCAAGUUCAAGCUUGACCAUGACGGAAUGUACUUCAAUUCUUUCCUUCCGGGAGUGAAAAGGGAAGAUGUGAAGGUGUCGGUCAACCGUGGGAAGCUGUGCAUUGAGGGCACGAAGAAAGAUUUUGAGGAGGAAGAUGAAGUGAUCAAGAUGAAGUACGAGAGCCCGGAUGGCUGGAUAUUGGAGGGUCUGUACAAUACAGACGGGAUGACAGCUAACUUGAAGGACGGUGUGCUGAAAGUUUUCAUUCCCAAGAUCAAGAGGACCAUCAAGGUUGAGUAG